AUGGGAAACAAACUCAUUGGUGUCCUCGUCCUCAUCCUCAGGGUGGCGCAUCUGGCAGGAGAACUGGUCCGAGCUCUGAAACAGAGGCAGCCAGAGCUCCACAUCACCGACAGAGACGUCCUCUGUGUGCAGAUCGCCGGGCUCUGCCACGACCUCGGACACGGGCCCUUCUCCCACAUGUUUGACGGAAAGUUCAUCCCCAAAGCGCGCCCAGGUUUCACCUGGAAGCAUGAGGACGCCUCCGUUAAAAUGUUUAACCACCUGGUGAACGUCAACGAGCUGAAGUCGGCGAUGAAGACGUACAAGCUGAAGCUGCCUCGCGACCUGUAUUUCAUCAGGGAACUGAUCGCCGGACCAAUGGACCCGAAUGUGGUCUCAUCUCCCCAGUGGCCCUAUAGAGGCCGUCCAGAGAACAAGUCCUUCCUCUAUGAAAUCGUGUCCAACACAAGAAACGCCAUCGAUGUGGACAAGUGGGACUACUUUGCCAGGGACUGCUACCACCUGGGCAUCAAGAACAACUUUGACCACGGCCGCUGCCUGAUGUUCGCCAGAGUGUGUGAGGUAGACGGGCAGAAGCAGAUCUGCUUCAGAGACAAGGAAGUGGAGGAUUUGUACGACAUGUUCUACACAAGGAUUUGUCUCCACCGGAGAGCCUACCAGCACAAAGCGGCCAAAAUCGUGGAGACUAUGAUCACUGACGCCUUUUUGAAAGCAGACGAGUUCAUCGAAAAGUUUGAAGGCUCUAAAGGGAAGAAGUUCAAGCUCUCCGAUACCAUCAAUGACAUGGAGGCCUACACCAAGGUGACCGAUGACGUCUUUGAAAAAAUACUCAACUCGUCCUCCGAUGAGCUGAAGGACUCGAGGGAGAUUCUUCAAGACGUCGUGUGUCGACGCAUCUACAAAUGCAUCGGCCAAGCCCAGCCGACCAAACCUACGAACGUCACUGAGGUUAAAGCGAGCUGGAAAGCCGAUCUGGCUCGUCGGGACCCUCAGGACGUGGUUCUGAAUCCAGAGGACUUCAUCAUCGAUGUCAUCAACUUGGACUACGGGAUGAAGGAAGAGAACCCCAUCGACCGCGUGCGCUUCUACAGCAAGGACGACCCGGACAAAGGCUUCCAGAUCCCCCAGAACCAGGUGUUUGGCUUUCUCCCAGAGAAGUUCACCAAGGAGCUGAUCCGGGUCUACUGCAAGAAGCUUGACAGAGAGAGUCUGAAAGCGGCAAAGGACAACUUUAAACGGUGGUGCGAAGACCCUGACAACCGGAUGUUUCAGGAUGAAGACAAAAAUGCCCCCAAGGAGACUCCUGUGAAGUCCAGCGGGACGACAUGAAGGAAGUAAACUCAGUUGGUACUAAUGUAGACAAAUAUAAUCUAUAUUAUAAAUCUCUUUCUACACAGCAAAGAUUAUAAUAUCUUUGCACCAAAAAGAGGGAUGCGGGACUCGGGGCCCUUUGCUUGUGUUUUUAAACUCUUUAUUAUAAUACUCACAAACAUUUAGUUUUAGUUUUACCCUUUUUAAUGUUGGUUUUAUUUGAUAUCAAGUGUAACAGAUCGUGCUCCCUUCUUCUGUCACAACCUUUAAAACAUAUAUUUAAAUGUAAGCUGCGAGCAGCGAUGGACGGGUCCUCGCUGCUCUGCACACGUCGGCAAUCUGGCCAGACGACUACAAACGGCCAAGAACGCCUGUGGUCGCCGGACAAAGCGACCGCGAGUCAGUAACGGCAGCGAGCGCCGCUGGGAAGGAAUCUUUGUCAAAUCUAUCGUUAACAUUAUCAAGUUCUUAAGUCUUUUCAUUUGAGAGGGAUCAGAUUAACCUGUGAGGAGCAGGCUGGAAAAUAAAAAACCUUUAACUAAGGUCAUAAAUGAUGUCUACAGGGUAAGGAGGUCAUGAUAAAUAAGGAAUAUGGAGCAGAUUAGUUAUUAGUAUCGUUGAAAUAAAACAACUUUUCCUUUUUUGCCGAUGCUCUGCGCUCACAUAGUUCAAUAUGAAAAGAAUUCAAGCUUUAUGCAAUUUUUAAAGGCAAAGGUCUCAAUAUCACACUGCCCAAAUUUAAAAAGAAUUUUGAAAAAAUUAUGAAAAUGUGCAAAAAAAUAGGCUAAAAAAUGCAGAUAUUCAACGUUUAACUGGAGCACCCGUAGUCUUCAAAUAUUAUUAAAUAACUAGGGUAGAUUCAGGGGUGCACUCACCAAAUUAGUUGCAUAUAUAUACAAUCAAUUUGUGGAGGACAGGUCAAGUCAUGUGUAAGAUAUGUGUCUUGCCAUAUUAAGCCACACGUCUUGGAAGUUUGUUGGUCGAUAUCUUCUAAAAUCACUGAGAUGUCAACAAGCAACAAAGAUCUCCAGGUGAUAUUGAACCAAUAAUGAUCCACAAAAUAUUCUGUGAUAAUCGGACAGAGAAUUUAGGAGAGAUGGACAAUAAUGUGUUUUUGACUAAAUUCCAAAUGAGGGAAAAUCUAAUUCGGCGUAUUUAAAUGCCAUGAUUGUACUUUGUGUUACCCGAGAGCACAUGUGUGCCAAAUGUCAAUCAGGCAUUGGGGGGGAAAUGGGGCUACUGUGAUACUUCUCUCAUUUCUAGGAGGUGCUACAGAGACGCUUCUUUAUACCCAAAUAAUAUAUAUUAAUAAUAAUAAUAAUUCCUUGAAAUACAAUGUUCCUCUACGACGAGUCGUAGCGAGGACCUUAUUAAUUCGGCUCAAACGUUGAUGUGAACAGAUUUUGGCGUGUGAGUGUUUAUUUUUCAGAUGUGUGUGACGUUGUUGACUUUAUUGUUUAUUGUUCUGAUACUGAGUGGCUCAACUUCAAGAUAUUUGCAUUAUUUUUUUCUUCUUUAUUAAUGUCACCUUGUCAUCUUUUCCAUCUUACCUAAAUGUAAUCUCAAGGAAAUCUCUGACGGCGUAUUUUAUGUUUGGCCGCUUAUGCAAAAAAAAAAGAAUAGCAAUAUUUCUGUGUGCAAAGGGAAACUUAAAGAUGCUGUGUGGUGCUCCAAAGAAAUAAAACGGGUUCCUCUCAG